GAUAAAGAGAUAGAGUUCACCAUGUGGUGCUCAAAUGAUUUAGUUAUGCGAGUUCUGUGGGAACACAUUUUACAAGGUACCUCUGGAACUUUGGAUUAAUGAAUUUUUCUUGAUAAAUAUAUAUAUAUAUAUAUAUAUAUAUAUAUAUAUAUAUAUAUAUAUAUAUAUAUAUUUAAGCAUCUAACAAAUUUUUGUCCCGUCAAAUAACCAACCGUAAGGCAAUUUUUGGUGUAAAGUUUAUGAUGUUUUUGGGGUCCAUUGUUUUGUUAUACUCUCUCUUGUUACAUACAUAUCGAUCCAUCCAUAUCUAGUUGUGAAGAAAUAUUAUUACCAAUUUGGUUGUGAGUCAUCGUCAUCAUUUAAGCGUGGUAGGUGAGCCCACUUACAUUAUAUAAUCAUUCCUCACUUUUUUCUCCUUGUCUCGUAUACUUAUUCCACAAACCACCACAAACCACCGCCCGCCGCCACCGUCAGCUCAAUUUUCAUAAACUACAGUAAAGAUAUGAAAAUCGACGUGAAGGACUCGACGCUGGUGCGGCCGUCGGCGGCGACGCCGGCAGUCAACCUGUGGAACUCGAACGUUGACCUGGUGGUGCCCAACUUCCACACCCCGAGCGUCUACUUCUACCGCCCCUCCGGCGCGGCCGGCUUUUUCGACACGGCGGCGAUGAAGGCGGCGCUGGGCCGCGCGCUGGUGCCGUUCUACCCCAUGGCGGGGAGGCUGAAGAGAGAUGAGGACGGCCGAAUUGAGAUCAACUGCAACGCCGAGGGCGUGCUCUUUGUGGAGGCGGAGUCCGACGGCUCGGUGGAUGAUUACGGAGACUUCGCCCCGACUUUGGAGCUCCGCCGCCUCAUUCCGGCGGUGGAUUAUUCGCAGGAAAUAUCCGCCUACCCGCUUCUCGUGUUGCAGGUGACAUUUUUCAAAUGCGGCGGAGUUUCGUUAGGCGUUGGAAUGCAGCACCAUGUGGCGGACGGAUUUUCCGGGCUUCACUUCAUCAAUACAUGGUCCGAUAUGGCUCGGGGGCUGGACAUCACCCUCGAGCCAUUCAUCGACCGGACCCUUCUUCGGGCACGCGAUCCCCCUGAGCCGCAGUUCAAGCACAUCGAGUACCAGCCCCCUCCGGCCAUGAAAACUUACGGGGAGGCUGAGACUCUUGUUUCCAUAUUCAAGCUAACUCGCGAGCAGCUUACUACUCUCAAAGCCAAGUCCAAGGAUGACGGUAACACGGUCACUUAUAGCUCCUACGAGAUGCUAGCCGGCCACAUAUGGCGCUGCGCCUGCUUGGCACGUGGCCUACCCGAAGACCAAAGCACCAAGCUAUACAUCGCAACAGACGGGCGGUUUAGGCUCCAGCCCCCGCUCCCACCGGGCUACUUUGGCAAUGUCAUCUUCACGGCCACGCCCAUGGCCGUGGCAGGGGACCUUGAGUCUAAGCCUGCGUGGUACGGAGCCAGUAAGAUCCACGAUGCAUUGGCCCGAAUGGACAACGAGUACUUGAGGUCAGCUCUGGAUUACUUGGAGCUCCAGCCGGACCUUAAGGCGCUUGUUCGAGGGGCGCACACGUUUAGGUGCCCUAACCUCGGGAUAACGAGUUGGGUGAGGCUCCCCAUCCAUGAUGCUGAUUUUGGGUGGGGGAGGCCCAUCUUUAUGGGGCCGGGCGGCAUAGCAUACGAGGGCCUCAGCUUCGUGCUGCCCAGCCCGGCCAACGACGGGAGCCUAUCGGUUGCGAUUUCUCUGCAGGCAGACCAUAUGAAGGUCUUCGAGAAGCUGCUCUAUGAGAUUUAAGUUAUGUCAAACUUUCCAUUUUGCCCCGUGUGUUUGCAAGGAUGUUUUUGCACAUUAUUCGUUUUUACCUCACCUGACAUUUCUGAGCAUGUAAGAUACGGCAACGCUCUUCGAUUUUAAUUUAAAUAUUUUUUUACUACAA